AUGACAGCAAAAAUGUUGGUUUUGUGUAAUAUCACAACAGCACUUCUGUUUUUAAUUAUUGUAGAAAAAUGUGAAGCCUAUGAUGUGAUGUUGAGGGAAAGUCUUGUGCCUGAUGGGCAGCCUCUGGCUAUUACAUGUUCAGUGGAGAAGACCUUCAAAAAUGGAGACUACAACUUAACAUGGUAUAAAGUUGGUAACCAGACAGCUGUGCCUAGAGACAAACUUUCUAGAAUUCAUCAGCAGAAGAAUUUAAUUUGGUUUCUUCCUGCAAUGUUAGAAGAUUCUGGAGAUUAUGAAUGUGUCAUAAGGAAUCUUACAGGCAUCAGGAAACUGCGUACAAAAGUAACAGUCUUUGAGAGGAUCGAUGGUUUAUGCUUAAAUGAAAAAUUUGCUGUAGCAGAGGUAAUAUUCACAUCAUCAUCUGCAAGGGUUGUGUGUCCCCACUUGGAUUUUUUCAGGAAUGGGAAGCAUAUUCAGCCUGUUCAGUGGUAUAAGGAGUGCCAGCUGCUGGAAGGGAAGAGGUUUGCCUUCUCAAACAGUGAUCUUAUAAUUUCCAAUGUGACUGUACAUGAUCGAGGAAACUAUACCUGUGAAACAACAUAUACCUACAAUGGAAAACAAUACAACAUUUCACGAGAUGUCAUUCUGACUGUAGAAGUGAACCCACCGAAAAAGCCACCAGAAAUAUCUUAUCCAAGAAACAACUCCAUUGAAGUGGAACUUGGCUCACAGGUUACAGUGGAUUGCAAUACAACAGGUGCUGAUGGGUUUAAUGUGUUUUGGACAUGCCAUGGUAUGUGUACUAAUGGAUUUUCUAUGAACAGAAUUUUUGAAAGUCCUUAUGAGGAUGGAAGUUCUUAUGAUGGACGCCCUAUGUAUUCUGCGAGGCUAAUAAUUUCAGAAGUGAAUAGUGAUGAUUUUGAAUACCCCUUUGUCUGUCAAGCUUCAAAUGCCUUCGGACAGGUCACAUCUUACAUUAUACUAAAACGCAGAGUUCCUGAUAUACAAAGAUGGCUGACUGGAGGCCUUGUCUCUUUGUUAACGUUAACAUUUAUUACUUUAAUAAUCUACAAGAUUUUCAAGAUUGACUUGGUGCUGUGGUACCGGGAUUCUGUAUGUGCUUCUGCAAGUAAGGAAGAUGGGAAAGUCUAUGAUGCCUAUGUCCUGUCCCCCAAAAGCAGAGGAGGCAGAAGCUUCUAUCGUCUGGAAACAUUUGUUCAUAGAAUACUCCCUGAUGUUUUAGAGCAGCAGUGUGGAUAUAAUCUCUUUAUAUUAGGAAGGAAUGAUUUACCAGGAGAAGCUGUGGUCAGUGUUGCUGAGGAAACCCUUAAGCAAAGCAGAAGACUGAUGAUUAUUUUGGGGUCGGAAACCUCUUGUUGUUGCCUGUUAGAAGACACCUCUGAACAGCAACUAGCAGUGUAUAAUGCUCUCAUCUGUGAUGGGAUUCAAGUGAUUCUUAUAGAAAUGGAUGAAAUACAAGACUACACAAGUCUGCCAGAAUCAAUCAGAUACAUUAAGGAAAAACAUGGAGCUAUCCAGUGGAAAGGGGAAUUCUCAGAGAAAUCUUGUUCAGCAAAUACAAGAUUCUGGAAGAAUGUGCGCUAUCGAAUGCCAUCUAGGAAAAAAGCAUCUUAUUCUGAAGUGCAUCUGCUGCCCCUAACUUUGAACAAUUCUGCAGCAAAGGGAAGUUGAGAGGCUCUUAAUAAAACACUGAGGAGGUAAUUCUGAAAUGUGGGGUUUUCACACAUAUUCUUUAUAUGACAAGGAGUGUAAUUUAUUUAUUAAAGGAGUGAACACUACCCAUCCCUUCCCCGUGUUACACACUAAAAGAAAAACUCAGUACGACUUUAUUUCUCUUCUGGGUUUUGAAUAGUAAUGCAGUUUGCUGUGUUAGUUUCACACAGAUAUGAGAAGUAAACGUGGCUGAUGGUGGUAGACUACAUUUAUGUGGACCACAACCAUUUAAUAGUAUCGCUGAUGAAGCUUCUUAAAGGGGUUGUGGAAAUACAUGACGUAGCAGGUGUAUUUGAAACGCCUCACAACACUAAAUGUGUUUCAGUUCAACAGUUGGUACUAAAAGUGUUUAUAGAAUGGACACAUGGAGUGGGAUCCAUGGCUUUUUACUACACUUGUUGAAUAAUUUUGUGAUAUC